AUGCCCUUCUUUCGCCGAAGGACAGAAGCGAGCGAGGAGGUUCCUGUGAGUCACAUCGCAAGCGAAGAGACACCGAGACAUCGCAUCUAUCGAGAUAUUGACGAUCUAUUCGACAUGUCGCUCUCUCGAGUAUUUCCCGAGCUACGGACCGCUCUCAGGAUGCUAGAGGAUCCCUUCUUCACACGGUCUAGCGUAUUGCCGAGCCUGUUCGAGGGACCGCUGUCGAGGGGCUUGCAACACAAGAUGAUCCAGCCCGCUGUCGAUGUUCACGAGCAGAAAGACGGCUACAUGAUCGAGGUCGAGAUCCCUGGCGCGAAGAAGGAGGACCUCGAGGUCAGCUUUGGCGAGAAUGGGCAGGUAUUAUCGCUCAGUGGCAAAGUCGAGCGAUCCUACGCGACCAAGUCUCAUGGAUCUAGCGAGCAGACAGAGGCAGUCAGCAAGGAGAGCGAAAGCCAGGUCAUCACGAGAGACGAGCCUGCUUUCUCCGAACGUAUCUUUGGCUCCUUCAGACGCUCCAUCCGUCUGCCCGAGCCCGUCGAUACGAAAUCUGUGACGGCUACGUACGCCAACGGAGUCCUGUCUAUUGAGGCCAAGAAGAAGCUCAUCGAAGGAGCCAACUGGCAGCCCAUCUCGAUCGCAUGA